CUGCUUCUUUUCUGAAACCAUGCUGCGCAACCUUUCCCCAUACACUUUUUCAUGUCUGUACUCCGCUGCACGCAACAGGCCAUACUAACUGUCGGUCAACCAUGAGAACGUGCGGAAAUUGCUGAGUUGUUCAUAUGCUUUGGGAGAACGCGUGGAAAGCGUAUAGGGAUACGGUGUUCGUUCUUUGGUGCAUAAACCAUGGUCAUGAUUAAACUUUUUUACUUCUUGCCCCCCUCCUCUUGGUUUCCCAUUCGCCUCGAACCCCUUUUUAUGGGAAAUAGAAAAAGGGUUAAGCCCAGCAUUUUCCAACCCAAGGUUGCCCGGCUGUCCUAUUUCAAGAAUGGUAAAACAGCCGUCUCAAGACCUCGCAAUCGGCGAAGACCUCGCCCGUGGAAAGCCAGUAAACGAAGGUCCCGUCUCCCGGCUCGACCGUGUGAUUGGAUCCGUUAUUCCGUCGGCCCACCCCUGGAUGAGCAGCGAAAGAACGCCAGGAUCGGUGAGAAUACGACUGCUUCCGAGAUCCGAGAACUUGGUCUUAGCUACGGAAGGCGGAUGCUGAUUGGCAGCGGUGGUCCUGCACAGGAUUCGUGCGUCCGAGAAAGUGGUGUGGGUGACCACUCACGUCUAGUGACGAAAGGGUCCAUGAUUGACGCCAGGAACAUUAAGCGGACUUGUGAGCAAGUAGCAGUGGACUAGAUAGUAGAGAACCUGUAGCUAGCUAUUACACCGGAACCACUUUGUAAGUAAGAACUCGGAUUUGAGAAAAGUAGAUGAGUGGCUCCCAAUGACGAUACAAUGAUAAUAGA